UUGAAGAAGGGAAGCCAAGACCGGAGGCGGGCGCUGCCCGUCGGGGGACCGAGGGGACAAGGGGUGGGGGGCGAGCAGGGCUCCCUGGCGCCGGAUCAAGGAUGGACGUGGCCGACCCGCAGCCGCCGGGCCUGUUCCCCGAGGGCGAGCUGAUCGCUGUGGGGAUGGACACCUUCAUCCACCGCAUCGACUCCACCGAGGUCAUCUACCAGCCGCGCCGCAAGCGCGCCAAGCUCAUUGGGAAGUACCUGAUGGGUGACCUGCUGGGCGAGGGCUCCUACGGCAAGGUGAAGGAGGUGCUGGACUCCGAGACGCUGUGCCGCAGGGCUGUGAAGAUCCUCAAGAAGAAGAAGCUGCGGCGCAUCCCCAACGGCGAGGCCAAUGUGAAGAAGGAAAUCCAGCUCCUGAGGCGGUUACGGCACAGGAAUGUCAUCCAGCUGGUGGAUGUGCUGUAUAAUGAGGAGAAGCAGAAGAUGUAUAUGGUGAUGGAGUACUGCGUGUGCGGCAUGCAGGAGAUGCUGGACAGCGUGCCUGAGAAGCGGUUCCCUGUGUGCCAGGCCCAUGGGUACUUCUGCCAGCUCAUUGAUGGCCUGGAGUACCUGCACAGCCAGGGCAUUGUGCACAAGGACAUCAAGCCGGGGAACCUGCUGCUCACCACAGGCGGCACACUCAAGAUCUCGGACCUGGGUGUUGCCGAGGCCCUGCACCCCUUUGCUGCGGAUGACACCUGCCGGACCAGCCAGGGCUCCCCUGCAUUCCAGCCACCCGAGAUCGCCAAUGGCUUGGACACCUUUUCUGGCUUCAAGGUGGACAUCUGGUCAGCUGGGGUCACACUCUACAACAUCACGACAGGCCUGUACCCGUUCGAAGGGGACAACAUUUACAAGCUGUUUGAGAACAUUGGGAAGGGGGACUACACAAUCCCAGGUGACUGCGGCCCCCCACUUUCCGACCUGCUGAAAGGGAUGCUGGAGUACGAGCCAGCCAAGAGAUUCUCCAUACGGCAGAUCCGGCAGCACAGCUGGUUCCGGAAGAAACACCCACUGGCUGAGCCACUGGUACCCAUCCCGCCCAGCCCGGACACCAAGGACCGGUGGCGCAGCAUGACAGUGGUGCCCUACCUAGAGGACUUGCAUGGCCGCACCGAUGAGGAUGAGGACGAGGAUCUGUUCAGCAUUGAGGAUAACGUCAUCUACACCCAGGACUUCAUGGUGCCUGGUCCCGGAGGAGGAGGAAGCAGGUCAGAACGGACAGAGCCUCAGCCUACCCAAGGCUGUGUGCAUGAAUGGCACGGAGUCUGCACAGCUGAGUGCCAAGCCCAAGGCCGGUGCCACCCACUCAGCCCGCAAGGCCUGCUCCAGCAGCAAGAUCCGACGGCUGUCGGCCUGCAAGCAGCAGUGAGGGCGCCGCCUGCAGCCUGUCUCCAGGAGCCACGGCCCAUGGCCGUGGCCCAGGCUCUCAGUCUUCCUGCUGGUUUCCGGCCCACUGCCUGCCCAAGAAGGUGGCCACCAUGCCUCUGUGCUGACCGCUCAGGACGUCAGGAGCACAAGGGCUAGGCAGCGGGGUGACAGGGGUCUUGGUGCACCCCUCCCGGGGCCACCUGUGCACAGCACCACUGGGUAGUGGACACGACCAGACUCUGCAGUCCUGUGUAAAGCCCUCCCCGGGCAAGGGAGACAGAGGCCCAGCCUCCAAGAUGCACUUUAUGUUCAGACUACUGGCCCUCUGCCCGCCCCCCAGCGUCUGCCCCUGCUGCUGGGGACAUGCCGCGGCCCUGGAGAGCAGGCUCCUGCCAGCAUCUUGCAUGCAGACCGCCUGAGGGAGCCCCGUGGCCUCGUUUUUGUUGUUUGGUUGGUCCUUCUCUUUUUUUUUCUUUUUUUUUUUUUUUUUAAAUAAAACAGGUGGAUUUGAGCUGUGGCUGUGAGGGUGUUUGGGAACCAUGGGGAGAGGGAUGGGAGCACAUGGUCCCCACAGGCAGGACCCCAUCUGAGCUUUGUCUUGCUCAGAUAAGUGGCCAGUGGGAUGCUGAGGCCACAGUGGUCUUGGGUCCCCAGUGAAAACCAGGAGCAAGCAGGAGUGUGCAUUAAAUAUUUAAUAAUCGACCAGAAAACAAAAACAACACGAGAACGCCAUCUUGGGGUGGGACAGACUGGACGGGCAGCAGCGAGGGCAGGGCCGACGGCCCCAUCUUUUGGCAAUAAAUAAAGCUCGGGAGACUUGAA